CAUCAAGAGUUUCAUCAAAUCAUCAAUUGUAUGAGUUCCAAUCUAGGGUCCAUACGAUAGAUGGGUUGAUGUCAGGACGUCCUGAAAAUGUGAGAAGGGAAAAUAGAGAAUGAAGAACAGGUUCUAGUCCUUUUCUUUUGUUUGGUUGGAAAGAUUUCACCCCUGCUAUAAUAUCUGUUUGCUCAUAGAAAAUUUUGUCUUUAUAAACCCCAUCAUAGGGUCAAGUGUUCACCACUUGAACUGUAUCCACUGCAUUAUUAAAGGGAGAGAAAAGAGGAGAGGAAGUAUAUGGAUGAAAUUCAGUUGUUUCAAUCUUCUUCUUCAACCUCAAGAACACUGCCUUCGCUGUCUUUGAACCAUGUUUCAUUUGUGUGCAAGUCUGUUGCCAAAUCUGUGAGGUUUUAUGAAGAUGUGUUGGGUUUUGUCCUCAUCAAACGCCCUUCUUCUUUCGACUUUGAAGGAGCUUGGUUGUUCAACUAUGGUAUUGGAAUCCAUUUGUUGGAAUCUGAUCAUGUUCCGGAGAAGAAAGGGAAGAUCAACCCCAAAGAUAAUCACAUUUCAUUCCAGUGCUCGGAUAUGGAUCUGGUUAUCCGAAAACUGGAGGACAUAAACAUUGAUUAUGUGACUGCGGAAGUGGAGGAAGGAGGCGUCAAGGUUGAUCAGUUGUUCUUCCAUGACCCUGAUGGCUACAUGGUUGAGAUCUGCAACUGUCAAAACCUUCCUGUUCUUCCACUUUCCUCAUGCCCUCUUAAGCUUCCUAGUUCCAGCACUAGCCAUGCAGUUUCUUCAUUUUAUGGGAAGCGAAACUAUGAGACGCAGUGUUCUGGAGAAGUUGCAGCUCUGAUGAUGGAGAACUUGGUGGCGGAUAUGAUGAAUAUAUCAAUGUAAGAGAUCUGUAAGGAGAUUUUUGUUGUGAUUUUAGUGAACCAAUUCUGCAAAUUUGUGUACAAUUUCAAUGUGUAACGAUAAGGUGGAAGCUUUUGUUUUGUGAGAAAAGUAGGGAUUUGGUUGUGAAUUUCCCUUUUUGUGAUUUGAUCAUGCAUUUGCUUGAUUGAAUUUUCCCAACGUAUGUUCAUCAAGUUAG